GAGAUUUACCAGGUAGUCAAUAUGCUAAAAAUAGAUUUACUGAUAAGCACUGACCAUAGCAACUGUUGCAGGUCGUACAAACUGUGUUUGUACUACCCACUGAUACACUAUAGAUUUGUACAUGCUUGAGUAUGGAUUUACCUAGUACAUCUUCAAAAAUAAGCUCUGGUACAACAAAACAUUGUUGUUAUGGUGUAUGUAAUAGUGACUCAAGGUACAAUGACAGAGAACAUAUGCAAGAUGUUUUUUUCAUACCAUUUCCAAAACCAAAAUCAAACGAAUUAAAGUGUAAUAAGUGGAUAAAUGCAUGUGGUCGAAAAGACUUUACUGUUAACCACAUUAAAAAGUGGACUUACAUAUGCAGCAAACAUUUUGUUGGAGGUAAAGGACCUACAGAAAAUCAUCCAGAUCCUGUUCCCUGCCACAUAUACACCACUUCAGGUAGAAAAGUAUUCACGUAAAAGAAAGGCACCAACUCCAAGGGCAGCACCUGUAUCUAAAAAAACUUUGUUUGAGGUUUCAGAGGCUCUACUUCAGUUAAAGGAUACAAAAUACAACUCAGUGCAGAAUGCAAACUCUGAUGAGGAAAACCAAAGAGAUCAAAAUAAACAGCCAGAUGUGCUCGAGGACCAAGACAUAUACUUUGCCACAAAGAUUAGAUCUACAGAUGAUAAGGAAACCCAAACUCAAUUCACAUGCAGUGACCAGCUUUUUAAUAAAAUAGAAAGGCGCAUUAAGAGCAAUAAAUCAUCAAUAGCUUUGAGUAAAAAACAGAAAAAGCAUUCUGAUAAACCAACAAAACUGGAAUCUAAAAUCACCUGCUAUCAGCUUCAGACUGAUGCAAAGUUAUUUAAAUUCUACACGGGUGUUACCCCUCAACAAUUCAAUCAUUUAUACAAGUCUCUUGGUGAAUCUGUGCAUAAAUUAAAAUUUUGGGGUGGAUUAAAAAGAAAAGGAAAAACAAUAAAAAAAAUUACCCCUGACAAUCAAUUUCUACUUACUUUGAUGAAAUUACGACACACAUUUCCUAACAAAGAUUUGGCCUACAGGUUUGGGAUAAGUGCAAGUAUGGUUUCCAGAAUUUUUAUCACAUGGAUUCAGUUUUUGUACAAGACUAUAGAACCAUUAUGGAAAAGGAUGUUCCCAUCAAAAAGCCUGAUACGUGAACAUUUACCUGCCACAUUUAGGUCAUUUAAAAAUGUGCGGGUAAUUAUCGAUUGUUUUGAGAUAUUUGUGCAAUCUUCAAGUGACUUCGCAGAACAAGGAAAUAUGUAUUCAUCAUAUAAAAACCAUACAACUUUAAAAUGUUUGGUUGGCAUUGCCCCCACUGGUGCAAUUACCUUUUUAUCGGAUGUAUACGAAGGGAGCAAAAGUGACAGGGAUAUUGUAAUCUCCUCAAAGUUUGCUGAAAUUCUGGAACCAGGGGAUUUAGUAAUAGCUGACAGGGGAUUCCUUAUUAAAGACAUUUUGCAGAAAAACAAAGUCGAAUUAAACAUCCCUCCAUUUUUAGGUGGUAGAGAUAGAUUAACUCCACAAGAAGAAAUACUGACAAAAAGAAUUGCACGUGUGAGAAUACACGUGGAACGUGCGAUUGAACGCAUGAAAAAAUUUAAGAUAAUUGGCACAACUUUGCCAUUAUGCUUCAAACCAAUGGCUACACAGAUUGUAAAAAUAAUAGGCUUUCUUGUUAACUAUCAGGAACCAUUAGUGAAGUAAAAUAAAGGGAAAAACAAAGUGUUUCUGGAACAUGUACAUAUUUAUUAAUCAUAAAUAGAAUAUUUUCAAUAUAAAAUGAAAAAGUAUUAAUUAAAAUUACAAAUAGUGUAUGUAUAAUUCAUUUAAACCUUGAAUAUUAUAUAAUACAAAUUUUUAUACUACUUGAUCAAGUUACUUUUGUAUAUAUGUUUAUGUAUAUAUUGUGUACAUCUUACAAAAAGUGAAUGCUAUAUACUAAAUAAAACAUUGUAAACCUA